CCUCGGCCCCAGAUGCCCCUCUGCUCGCCCCUGGCUGACGUCCUGAUCCCCGCUUGACUGACCCGAGGUGGGGGACCUGGAAGUUUUAGCCUCGCUGAUCUCGAGGCGGAUUAAUUAGCCCAAGAAACAUUAUAUUCAUGCUUAGGUGGAGAAAAGCAGGGCUAGAAUUGGAACUCAAAGCCCAGAAUGGCAGGAGAGGAUGUGGGGGCUCCACCCGAUCGCCUCUGGGUUCACCAAGAGGGUAUCUACCGAGACGAAUACCAGCGCACGUGGGUGGCCGUCGUGGAACAGGGGACGAGUUUCCUAAGGGCACGAAUCCAGCAAGUUCAGGUUCCCUUAGGUGACGCAGUUAGGCCAAGUCACCUUCUUACCUCCCAGCUACCUCUCAUGUGGCAACUCUACCCUGAGCAGCGCUACAUGGAUAACAACUCUCGCUUGUGGCAGAUCCAGCAUCAUUUAAUGGUCAGGGGAGUACAGGAGCUGUUGCUUAAGCUUUUGCCUGAUGAUUAACCUGGUGCUGGGAUUCUAGGAAGACAUGCUCCUCUGUUCUGUUCAGUAUAUGGCAAUCACUUCAUCCACCACUGCAGUGCACCCACCUGUGGGCCUGGGGGAGGGAGUGGGUUGAAAAACUGCUCAAGAACACAGAAGUUUAGGAAGGGUC